CCGCUCAAAAUGUUGACAGCCGUGAAAGUCGCGUUCGGUUUUUGCACUUUUUUCCUCGCGUUCGAGGAGACUGUGUCAUGGACCAUAGAUUUGCCGCAAGUGAGGAGGUAUUUUUUUGAAAAAAAUAUGCAAGAGCGAGAGAGACAAGACAUAUGGAAAAUGCAGCAGGCACAGCGGCCACAGCAAGUUGUAUAUGAUAAUAUACAUACAAAAAGCUUGCAUUUUGAUUACGAGAAGUAUAAGAACCAUUACGCUGAUGAUUACAAGUACAAUGGAUAUAUGGAACACAAGGUGCAUGAGGCGGUACAAAACGGCAGCGCGUACCUGGACGGUCUGCGGCGCUCCAUCGAGGCGUACCUGCAGCGCCUGGAGUCCUGCCGCGGGCAAAACAUGACUGUUAACGUUGUCCAACUACGUCGGUACUCCAAUCAAAACGAAUCAAACAACGCCCUCUACUACUUCCUGACCAACCCCGCGAACCCUCUCACCAACCCAACCAAACCCAGUCUCAUCCAAGCAGCUAUCCUGAACAUCCUCCUCCCGUUCUCCACGUACGGUCUCCCAAUACCAACUAACUUAACCACAGUGACCCAAAUGAACAUGAACUUCACGAACUUCCUGGCAAUGGCGCCGAAUUACACGAUGUUCAAUAUGAGCGAGGAGUUUAGGAGCUGCGUGAGAGCGGAUUUGGCGAGCGAGCAUGUGAGGCGGCUCGCUGAGCUCGCAGUGUGGGCCGCUAGCGAGCUACAGGAUAAGUUGUACGCGGAUAAAUAUAGCGAGCACCACCACGACCACAAUCUCGAUGCCCACGAAAGCGACGGCCACGAGAACGGUAUCCUCGGCCCCGAGCCAAGCUACGGGCACGGGCACGAGAAGGCCCACGAUAGUGACCAUGGGCAUAAUAUAGCCCACUAUAGUGACCAUGGGCAUGAUAAGGCCCACGAUAGUGACCAUGCGCAUGAUGAUGACACGCUGGUGCUGAGGCUGGCUUGGUUCUUAGACAGGCUGGCGCAUCUGACUGGUUAUGAUCCUACGGGACGGGAUUUUGUGGAACCAUCGACCGCUCGGCCGCCAUCGAGUCCGCGCAUGAUCCCCACGCUCAUCUCCAACGCGGACCUGCAGUUCCUCACGACCUGUCUCCGAGGCACCAAUGGAACAGCAACGGAGCGGUGUGCCUUCCCCAGCGGGUCUUCCCCGCCUAACCUGGAGACUCUGCGAGCUAUGGGGAUGACAACAGUCCAACAAAUGCCGGAUUUGAAGCCAUCCGCAUCAGAAACCGAAGAAUACACAUAUUCGGAGCAAGUAUUCACAGACGACGAUAUGCCUCUCUCGCUCCCGCAGCGACCAGCAAAAAAACACAAGAGAUCAGUUCAAGGAGACCCUUUAGAAAACUUCAUACAAUACUUCGCUAAAUACAAAGCGUGGACCGGCUCGAACCAAGAAGAAAAACACAGCUCAGAAACGUCACACGCAAAUACAGAAAAAGACAACUCUGAAAUGUCACAUGUGAAUACAAACAAAGAAAACGCGCCAAAUUCAAUAAGAAGGAAGAGGUUUGUUGUUAAAAAGAAAGCGAAACAUGUCAAACCAGACCCAUUUCCGAUUGCCAGUUACGUGAAACAUAAAAUAGAAAUGCACAUUAAAAAAGACGAAAAAGAGGCUAAAGGUUUGAAAAAGUUUAUAGAGAAAUUGCAUAAGCCGAAAACAGAGGUAAAACUGUUGAAGUUUAAGAAAACGAAGAGAUCUAUAAAGUAUUCUAGAAAGGAGCAGCCGCGAGUGCCGAAUGAUCCGCAGAUGGAUAUCAGCUAUUACGUGAAGAACAAGGAAGGCCGGACUUAUAAUUACAAUGCGGCGCAGGCGGCGAUGGUAAGCGCGGGGCUCGAGCAGGUUUUCCAAACUGGCAACAUAUUGGUCGUGGAACGUUACGGUUCCAACUAUAACCCGGCCAACCGGGAGGUCAUACUGGACGGGUACAUCGCGGGCUUGGCCGACUUUUAA